AUGGCCUUGACACACGAUGUCUACACUGUCGCGUGGAUAUGCGCCCUACCGUUGGAGAUGGCAGCGGCGAGCGUCAUGCUGGAUAAGACCCACAAUCUCCUGCCUAAACCUUCCACUGAUCCGAACGCAUACGUCCUCGGUGAAUUGAACGGCCACUAUAUAGUGAUUGCCUGUCUACCAGAUGGCAUAUAUGGAACCAUAUCUGCUUCCACAGUCAUGGCUCACAUGGUCUCGACCUUCCCACGGCUCCAGUUUGGCCUGAUGGUGGGAAUCGGAGGAGGCGUACCUAGUACCAGUCAUGACAUCCGGCUGGGUGAUGUGGUCGUCAGCAAGCCAGUUGGAAGAUACAGCGGAGUGAUCCAAUAUGACUACGGCAAGGCAGUUCAAGGCGGACAAUUCGAGCCGACAGGCGCGUUAAACAAACCACCACAGACUCUCCUGACACAUGUGGCUCACCUUGAGUCGAGGCAAAUGAUUAGAAGAGAGGAUGCUAUUUCGACAAUGGUGCAGGAUGUACUGGAUCGAAAUGCUGAUAUGAAAGCCCGAUUUUCGCCCCCGAAUCAGCAGUCUGAUUAUCUAUUUCGUUCCUCCUAUCGCCAUGCCGACCCAAAAGGCAACUGUGAGAAGUGCGACAAAGACCAAUUAGUCAGCCGAAUGCCGCGUACAACCAACACACCUCAUAUCCACUAUGGGCUGAUCGCAUCUGGAGACCAAGUGAUGAAGGACUCUGAAACUCGAGAUCGUCUCGCUCGACAGCAUGGCAUACUCUCUUUUGAGAUGGAGGCAGCAGGCCUUAUGGAUGGGCUUCCGACAUUGGUGAUCAGGGGGAUAUGCGACUACUGCGACUCUCAUAAACAGAAAGAGUGGCAGGGAUAUGCGGCUUUGACAGCAGCUGCCUAUGCGAAAUGGUUGUUGUCAGCCAUGCCCGUCUCUGGCAUGAAUCAGGGCUUGACAAAGAACAACAGCAGAAUGGGUCACUACAUGGUCCCACUGGGAAGGAAUCCGCGAUUCGUUGGUCGUCAGAACGAAAUCACCAGACUGGAAGAGUUAAUUACGAUGAAAGGCGGCCCCAGAAAGGUUGCAGUUACAGGUUUAGGAGGGGUUGGAAAAACGCAAGUGGCCCUGGAGCUUGCAUAUCGCAUACGGGAUCAAGAUAAGGAGCGCUCAAUAUUCUGGGUCGCAUGCACUAGCUACGAGGUGUUUGAGCAGACUUACCUGAAUAUGGCGCAAGCUCUUGGACUUCACACUGCGAAGCCGGCAGAAGUCAAAGGACAAGUUGCAAGAUACCUCAGCUCCGAGCAUGCUGGGAAGUGGCUUCUGAUUUUUGACAGUGCUGACGAUGUGGACAUGUGGCUGUCAGAUGAUGGCGCAGGUCCAACUCUUGAAGACUUUCUCCCUCAGAGUGAACUAGGCCACAUUCUAUUCACUACAAGGAACAGGCAACUUGCUGUGGAGCUAACAUCCUCCAAUAUCAUUCCUAUUCCAGAUGUGGAUAAGCACACUGCAUUAAAAAUUCUCGAAAGGUCACUAGUAGAUAAGGGUCUGCUUCAGGAUCAUCCCACAGCAGUUGCCAUUCUGGACAAACUGGCGUUUCUGCCCUUGGCAAUCACGCAGGCAUCGGCAUACAUUAAUAAAAAUGGUCUGAGCCUGUCCACCUACUCUGCGCUUCUCCACGAACAUGAACCAGAGGUAGUGGAACUCCUGAGCGAGGACUUCAAUGAUGAAGGACGCUAUAAGGAUCUCCAGAACCCAGUGAUCACCACAUGGUUGAUCUCAUUCAAACAGAUUCAACUCCAGAAUCAACUGGCAGCUGACCUCCUAUCAUUCAUGGCCUGUAUCAACCCACGAAACAUCCCUCAAUCCCUUCUUCCUAUGCCAGCAUCCAGGAAAGGCAGCAUUGACGCCUUGGGACUGCUGAAUGCAUAUUCUUUUAUCAACAGUCAAGAUACAAGCAUAAAUCUACACAGACUAGUGCAUAUUGCGGCAAGGAACUGGCUAAAGAAGAAUGCGCUGUUUAGUCACUGGAUCCAGAGGGCCGCUGAUCAGAUGCGCAAAGUGUUCCCGAAGGAUCACCAUACAAAUCGAGGACUCUGGCGAGAAUACCUCCCACAUGCACUAUCCCUUGCAUAUGAAGGCGAAUUCACAGCACAUUGGAAAGAGUAUAUGGAUUUGAUUAAGAAGAUUGCAGACUGCCUUUACAGGGAUGGAAGAUGGCAUGAAGCAGAGGUGCUAUACACCGACCUAAUCAAGAUCAAACAGGAGGAAACUGGGCCCAAUCAUCCCUCUACUCUCACUAGGGUGCAAGUAUUGGAGAUGAUGAAGACUGUGCUAGGUGCUGAACAUCCAGACACUCUCAGCAGCAUGCAUAACCUGGCCUAUACCUGGAAAUCCCAAGGAAAGCUGCAAGACGCCUUGGCCCUAAUGGAAAAAUGUUCUGAGCUUUACAACAAAACAUUGGGGCCUAAUCACCCUCAUGCCAUACUCUCCUCGCGCUCUCUCAGUGACUGGAAGGACUCCAUGAAUCAUUACCAAGCGAAAGGCCCCCGACGGUGGGCAAUAAAAUUGAAGGGUCUCAACAUCCGGAGACUGCAAAAGGACAUAAAGCAGCUGCGUUGA